AUGGAACGAACCAAUCACCGAAGCGGGCUGAAUAAGUCCUGCCUCCAACAACCUUUAGCUACUACCAAUCAGCGUUCAAAGGUCGCCUCAAACCAAUCACCAGCUAAAACGACGCCGGCGUCAACGUUAACUAAUGAGAAAUCAGAGGCUGAUCCAUACGCCUGGGUGGAAGAGGAGGAAGAGGAGGAGGUGAAACCAGAGCCAGAACCGAAGCCAUCGGUAUUUGCGGUAAAAGAGGAAGAUGAAGAGGAUGACGGGAUUAAGCCCUGGUUUUGGCCGGCAUCCAGAGACAUUGUCAAACCAACGCCAUCAGUGGCUGCUCCUCCUCAUCCGUCACAUCCGCUUUCGACCGAUGGGCGAGUGAGUUCAAAGGACGUUCCUCUUCUCUCUCCACUGGCCAAUGGUACUGGUGUGGAGGCCAAAAUCACGAAUAACGUUUCUAUGGAAAAAAAAGAUGUGAGUUAUUACUUGAGGCGGGUUGAAGAUACUUCAACUGACACAACCUUUGAUUUUUGUGACAUGGUUUGA